UCCAGAGGCAGUUGGAUUUCUGUCAGCUGUUGGGGUGUUUAUUAUCUUGAUGCUGCUCCUUUUUCUCUAUAUUAAUAAGAAGUUCUGUUUUGAAAAUGUCGGUGGGUUUCCAGAUCUUGGUUCGGGAUACAGUACAAGGAAGAAUUCACAAGAUAAAAUUUAUAAUUCCUAUAUGGACAAAGAUGAGCAUGGUUCAUCCUCUGAAAGUGAAGAUGAAGCACUGGGUAAAUAUCAUGAGGCCUUAUCCAGAACACACAAUUCCAGACUACCAUUGGCAGAUUCUAGACAGAAGAACUAUACUUGGGAAACAAGACAAAAAUACAGUCCUCUCUCUGCAGAGUAUGAUGGAUACAGUAGUGAAGCAUCAAUAGAUGAAGGAAACUGCAUUCAGAGAAUGAGAAGAACACCCCCACUGGAUGAAUUGCAGCCACCACCAUAUCAGGAUGACAGUGGUUCUCCCCAUCUCUCAUGUACACCCUCAGAAAUUGGGGACAGUAAAUGUGACUAUUCUCACUGCAGCAACAGUCCAAGAUGCUCAUAUAACAAGUGCCCAAGUGAAGGAAGCGCAGGUCAUGAAAUAGAAAGUUUUCAUAAUAAAGGAUAUGAAGAAGAUGUUCCAAGUGACAGCACGGCAGUCCUGAGUCCUGAAGAUAUGUCAGCUCAAGGAUCAUCUGCACAGCUUCCUAAACCUUUUGAUCCCGAGCCAGAAGCUAAAUAUGGCACCCUGGAUGUGACUUUUGACUAUGACUCACAAGAACAGAAGCUUCUGGUAACAGUGACAGCUGUCACAGACAUCCCAGCAUAUAACAGGACAGGUGGCAACUCAUGGCAAGUACACCUUGUUCUUCUACCUAUAAAGAAACAGAGAGCAAAAACCAGCAUCCAGAGAGGACCAUGCCCUGUCUUCACAGAAACAUUCAAAUUUAAUCAUGUUGAAUCUGAGAUGAUUGGAAAUUAUGCAGUUCGGUUUAGACUGUAUGGUGUACAUCGCAUGAAAAAAGAGAAAAUUGUAGGGGAAAAGAUUUUUUAUUUAACAAAAUUGAAUCUUCAAGGGAAAAUGUCAUUACCUGUGAUACUGGAACCUUCUUACAAUCAUUCUGGCUGUGAGUCCCAGAUGAGCAUGUCAGAAAUGUCCUGUAGUGAAAGUGCAGCCUCAUGUCAGUCUCUUGAACACGGCUCAGUUCCAGAAAUCCUCAUUGGCCUGCUUUAUAAUGCCACAACUGGAAGACUAUCAGCAGAAGUAAUAAAAGGCAGCCACUUCAAAAACUUGGCAGCAAACAGGCCACCCAAUACUUAUGUUAAGUUAACUCUACUGAAUUCCAUGGGCCAGGAAAUGUCCAAAUGCAAGACAUCAAUCCGCAGAGGACAGCCAAAUCCAGUAUACAAGGAAACCUUUGUUUUUCAAGUGGCCCUAUUUCAACUUUCUGAUGUGACACUCAUACUAUCUGUAUAUAACAAACGCAGCAUGAAAAGAAAAGAGAUGAUAGGCUGGAUUUCUUUAGGUCUGAACAGCUCUGGAGAAGAAGAACUCAAUCACUGGACUGAAAUGAAGGAGUCCAAAGGACAGCAAGUCUGUAGAUGGCAUGCGUUAUUGGAGUCAUGAUGAAUAGGAUAAAGGAGGAUGCUCAAUCCAAGGCAGCAUUGUUUCUGAUCAGAACAUCACUGUUUUUAUCUAGCUACCAUUUGAAGACCUAUUCUUGGAAGAAUCAUAUUCAACGUUCUACCAGAAAGCUUUAAAUUUUGUGGAAAAAACUUUGAAUGUUUACACUCUGAUAGAGUUUGGGGGAAAUGAGGAAUUUAAUUGUUGUUAAAUUAAUAAUCCUCCAGAGACUGAGUAACAUGCUUUUGGUUUGAAAUUUAUUUUACUUUAGCAGAAGUACUUGUAAUUUCAUUAAAAAUCAAAAUUAUAAGUCAAUAAUAAAAAACAACAACAAAUCAUUUUAGUUGCAAUACUAUUUCAGUACCACUCUGCACCCUCCAUAGGACAUGAUUUGUCAGGCCAAUCCUGGAUGUUUAUAAUCUUCUUUAAUAUGAAAAAGUAGUUCUCCAGUUCUUUCUUAAGUCACAAGGAUUUCAAGCACAUUGAAAAUUGUUUUAUUUCAGGUAUCUCCUCUUUGUCCUCUGAGUUUCAUUGUGCCUCAAUUCUUCACAAUAGCACCAAAUCUAAGUUCAAGCAAGUAUUCAUUGUCAUAAAAGAAUUUUUUUACAUGUUAUUAAGAAAAAUAAAAAGGUCCGUUUUUUUUUUUGCUUCUGCUUUUGCCUGAUCCAAAGAGAUCAAGUCACUGUACUGGUCCCUUGCAAGUCUUUUAGGCAGGUUGUACUAUAGAACUAUGUAACUUUCUGUUGAAAGCACUUCCUGUAUUCUUGUAUUCCAAUGUAGGAAGCUAAUAGAGCAGGACUUUACAAUUUCUUUCAGUGAUUGCCUCUUUAAACUUGUGGUAAUGUGAAAAUACAUUUUUUUUUUUUUUUUACAGAGUGAAAAAAUGCAGUAGCUAAGCUGCUGAAAAUUGGAAACUCAAGCUAAAGAAAAUUUUAAUUAUCUGCUCUGAGUAUUUUAGUAACCCAAACUGAAAUAAAGCAGGUAGCAUUCAAAAUAAAGUGUUCAGUCUGUAAAUGUUCACUUUUACUUCAAAUUUAUAUUUGUGAUAUAAAGACUAUUCAGUUCUCAGUCAGGAUCAGGACAUCAUGGUAAAAACUGUUCUGAGAAGCCUACUGACGUUUCUAGCAACUUGUGACGAGAUUUUAUGAAAUUUUACAGGUACGUUCUUCAACAUAAUGUCAUCCUGUGCCUUUCACGGAAGUUCAGCUUGCUCGUGCAGCUUAAAAGUUGUAUUUGCAAAAAUAGGCCUUCGAUUUUUUUAAGAGUAAAGAUUCCUCAG